AUGACCAUUGAAAGUGAGAUUCUCAGCCAAUUUGGACCCGAAGCUAACACCCCAGAAAUAGUUUCAGGGUUAGAGCACCUAGUGAAACUUCAUGCCUUGAGUAUUGAGGACCUGUAUAUCAAAUGGGAGCAGUUCUCAUAUCAGAGACAUGAUAUUAACAGCCUAAGCGAGAGCGCUCUUGGUCAAUUCAAGAAUUUUUUACAACUUCAAGUUGAGAAAAGAGCUGCCCGGAUACCUAAUAUAAGUAAACCCACUUCCAGUACAAAAAAACCCAAAGUUUUGAAACCGCUAGGCUCAAGCCCUCUAUUUGGCUUGAAUGUCCAAAAAACACCAACGCAACCUAAACGCAAAUUAAACCCCAGUCCUUCUAAUCCAGAUAAGAAAAGUAGGCUAGAAUUCACUGCACAUUCUUUAGAAAAGGAUAGUCUAAUUUCGUCCGUAAAAGAUGGCGAGAGCAAAUCACAAAAUGCCUAUAUCAAGCAGUGUGCAGAUGCUUUGACUUCGCCCAGGAGAAAUGUCGAGCCAGGAAAAAUACUGGAUUCACUCAAUCCUGAGAACCUUGAAAUUGGUAGAGGUAUUGAUGUGAAAGGUGAACAGCACGUCAAAAUCAUACCGCUUUAUGAGCCGCAAUUGUACAAAUUUAGAACCAUGAGACAAAACCUACUUGAUGCUUCAGAUGUCUUAGAUGAGCAAAUAGAAUCAUUCACCAAAAUUGUGCAGCAACACUUUCAAUUAUCUCCCUCAGAUUUCGGCGAUCCAACAAUACAAGCACAAAAUGAAAUAUACACUGUGGGGCGUAUAGUCCCAGAUUCUCCAUCAUCUGACGACUUCCUGAAUACAGAGUCGCUUGCUUUGGAGAUAUCGCGAAUGGUGGGAAUCGGAAGAAGAGUCAGACUAGACUUGACAUACGUGAGCGAAGGAUCAUUUUUCAGCGGUCAAAUUGUUGCUCUUAGAGGUACCAACGCAACCGGGGACUCUUUCACAGUAAGUGAAUUAUUACAUCUUCCUUAUCCCAACUCUCCAGUGUCCACAGCGGACGAACUUGAGGCAUACAAAGCAACUCUGAAUGGCAGUGAUUUGAAAGUAAUUCUGACAAGCGGACCAUACUUUUCAGAUACCAGUUUUGAUAUGGAUUACCUGAUGGAUUUUGUCGAUAGAAUCAACACCAAAGUUAGACCGCAUGUUUUAAUAAUGUUUGGACCUUUUAUCGAUGUUACUCACCCUAUGGUGGCAGAAGGCACAAUUCCUCAUUUCACAAACUUGAAAACACAACCUAAUACUUUGGACGAGGUUUUUAUUAAGGUCGUUGCGCCAGUUUUAAAGAAAAUCGACCAAAACAUACAGGUAAUUCUAAUACCAUCUACAAGAGAUGCUAUUAGUAAGCAUGCCGCUUAUCCUCAAGACUCAUUGGACAAGAAACAAUUACAGUUGACUAAAAAUUUCAAAUUAUUUACUAACCCAGCAACGUUUCAGCUCAAUGAAGUGUUUUUUGGGUGCUCUAAUGUUGAUGCGUUCAAGGACUUAAGGGAAAUUACUAAAGGUGGGAAUACCUCGAUGAGAAAUAGAUUCGAUAGAGUGUCUGAGCUCAUACUGCAACAGCGUCGCUUCUAUCCACAGUUUCCUGGUGCUAUAAAAAAACUAGAGAUAUCGCCAGGUAAAAGUGAUGAUAAGGUGUUCGAGCAUAUAUCCGGCGCUGAUCUCGAAAUCCCAUAUCUUGGACUUACUGAGAUGGUUGGAGAUUUUGCGCCCGAUGUAAUUGUAAUUCCCAGUGAACUCCAACAUUUCACUAAGGUAGUUCAAAACGUUAUAAUGAUCAAUCCCGGCAAGUUUAUUAAACCCUCUGGUGCACCAGGCACGUAUGCUCAAAUUACAAUUUCGAGUCCAAAUAUAAAUGAUGGAAAACUAACACGAAUGUCCGAUACAGAACCGGUUUACCUUCAUAACGUCUGGAAACGUGCCAGAAUUGAUAUUGUUUCAAAUUGA